UGGCAGUGGCCCCGCCCCCACGUAGGUUCUCCUCGUCACGUGUUGAGUGCAGUCUCCUCAGCCGGUGCUUUAAGGGAGAGCGGCGUGUUCUCUAUCCAUCCAACGUCAGUUUUACUUUCGGACAACAAAUCUGCAGCAAGCCCUCGAGAUGUCUGCUGGAAACGCCAAGAUCGGUCAUCCUGCUCCUCAGUUCAAGGUCACGGCAGUGGUGGGCGGCCAGUUUAAAGACGUCCAGCUCUCCGACUACAGAGGAAAGUACGUGAUUUUGUUCUUCUAUCCCCUGGACUUCACCUUCGUGUGCCCCACUGAGAUCAUCGCCUUCAGCGAUCGCGUCGAAGAGUUCCGUAAGAUCGACUGUGAGGUCCUCGCCGCCUCCACCGACUCUCACUUCAGUCACCUGGCCUGGAUCAACACCCCGAGGAAACAGGGAGGUCUGGGCUCCAUGAACAUCCCUCUGCUGGCCGACCUGACCCAGUCCGUCUCCCGCGAUUACGGCGUGCUGAAGGAGGACGAGGGCAUCGCCUAUAGAGGGCUGUUUGUGAUCGACGAUAAGGGCAUCCUGAGGCAGAUCACCAUCAACGACCUGCCCGUGGGCCGCUCGGUGGACGAGACCCUCCGCCUGGUUCAGGCUUUCCAGCACACCGACAAGUACGGAGAAGUCUGCCCUGCUGGAUGGAAGCCCGGAAGUGACACCAUCGUCCCUGACGUUCAGAAGAGCAAAGAGUUUUUCUCCAAGCAGUAACGUGUUCCUCGCGUCUGCCCCGGAGACUCAGACCCAGCGGGGUACUGAAGCACUGAAAAAACCCUGUUGGGGUUUCCUUUUUGUUUUCUGCUGUUUGAGCCUUAGAGAAUGAAUACCAACAUUAACACUUAUGUUUUUGUCUGCUGUUACUUUAAUUGAAUUUAAGUCUGUUGUAACAUGUGCUGAAAUUCCUACAGUUUUUUUUAUUUUUUUUCCUGUUAUGAAACCAUCGUAAAAGAAUUUGUACUAGUCAACCAUCCAGGUCUGCUGUGUUAACCGUCCUGACAUUGACCAAUAAAGAUGGUGGUUUAAAAUCA